AUGGAUAUGGCCGAUGUUCAUGUUCAUGAUCACGUGAGAGCAGGUUAUGGCUCAUCAGCAGCACCAGCAGAAAUUCAUGAUCAAAUACCAAGUGAAGAAGAAGACGUAGACUUAAGAAAAGGACCAUGGACGGUUGAGGAAGACUCCGUUCUCUUCGAUUACAUCAACACCCACGGUGAAGGGCGCUGGAAUUCACUGGCUCGCCAUGCAGGCCUUAAACGAACUGGUAAAAGCUGCAGAUUAAGAUGGUUAAAUUACUUGCGGCCCAGUGUUCGACGAGGAAACAUAACCCUCCAAGAACAGCUUUUAAUUCUUCAACUUCAUUCGCGCUGGGGAAACAGGUGGUCCAAGAUAGCCGAAUACUUGCCUGGUAGAACGGACAAUGAGAUAAAGAACUACUGGAGAACAAGAGUCCAAAAGCAAGCAAAGCAGCUCAAAUGCGACGUCAACAGCAAACAAUUCCAAGACGCCAUGCGUUACGUCUGGAUUCCCCGCCUUAUUGAGCGGAUCCAGGCAUUGCCUCAAUCUUUAGCGGGUCAACCCAGUACUGAGAGUACCCGUCUCACCACCGCAUCCGAAUCUCAGUACUGGAUUGACUCGAAUUUCCUGCCUGAAACAUCGGGCAGUACGUCAUCAGAGUCAUCAGAUCAGCUUCAAGUUUGUUCAAUUCCGGACCCUACUACUACUGAUCAAUUCAUGAACAAUCCAUCUACGAAUCAAUAUGGUUCAGACAACGGGUCGGGUUGCUACCAAUAUGGAACAAAUUCAGAUUUUCCAGGUUUUGAGCAAAGCAAUUAUUGGUCAUCAAAUAGUGGGGACUUAUCAGUGGAGAAUUUGUGGAAUGAAGAGAAUAUAUGGUUCCUGCAACAACAGCUUAGUGAUGACCAGUGGAAUUGA